AUGUCCUCCCCCGCCGCCCUGGACUCGGCCAUCGCGAAGUCGUCGCAGCUUUCCAAGAUCAUCUGGGCCAGCUCCUCCACCACCCACGCUGCCGUCAAGCAGCUCGUCAGCCACUCGGCCCGCCUGAGCAGAGCCCUCGUCCGCCUUCGCUCCCUGCCCGCCGCCCACCAUGCCCUCCAGCAUGCCGUCGACGCCUGCGACCGCAACCUGGACGAGUGCGCCGCCUUCAUCGGCCAAUGCAUAUCGUUCCGUCGCGACGCCCCGGGCGACCGCAACGCCUUUCCUGCCGCCCGCGCCCUGGUGCUGGGCGCCGAGCUCCUGACGCGCACCGAGCAGCUUGAAGAGCUGCUCCUGGUCCACGGAAUUGACGCUGCGUCGUCUGCCCGCCCCGCUUCCGCGCCGCGCGAAGAGAUGCGCACUGUUGCCGGAGACGAAGCCAGCUCCGUGCCCGCAUUUUCCGUCAUAGACGACUGCCACCAGGUCCGCGGCCGCUACCAACUCAAGCGGAAAUUCGACGUCUCGCGCAACCGUGCCCCAGCCCACUACUCGCCCGAGGUCGGCGCCCAGGCAACUCCGUCCAUCCAGCCCUCCUCGCUCGGAUCAACAUGUAGCCCGUCCAUCUUCACGGCCUCUCCCAGUCUGCAGCAAAGCUCCAUGACCAGCUACACUUCUUCAAGAAGAGCGCCACGAGACACCUCGCCCGUCCGCAAAAAACUCCCUUCCUUGUCUCUUGGCCCCGCUUCUCUGCCUGCCCACGUCGCUGUGUUACGUCUGUACACCAAAGAAAGUUCGAAUCUGCCCCGAGACAUCCAAUUGCUCGGCUGGCGGAAGAGCACCCACCCGGAUGGCAGCGUGAUAACAUGGUCCAUACAGGAAUCAGAGGACGAGUUUGUGCAUUACCUGCCCCACAACGCCUUUCCUCUCACUCUUCACAAGGAUCACAACGAAGGAUCAAUCGUCCAGUUCAGCACUCUCCACAAAGUUGCUCUGAGAUCCGAAAGCUCGGAGCGUUUCUUCUCAUCCACCCGUGUCGUUUAUGAAUUUGUCCAAGACGAGCCUUUUAUCUGUUUUCAAGAGGACAUUCGCCACAAGCAUCUCGUUGAUGUCUUCAAUUUCCAUCUGAUCUUGAGCAACCGGAGCGGCUCAAGUACCUAUGGUGAGGCCAUCCAUGGCCACGUCAAAUUUUGGCGGGAUCGCGACCCGCCCUUCCACCACUCAAUAUCCUUCUUUGGCAACCAUGCGGGGAAGGACUUGGAGUUCCCCAUCCUCCGGUUCAACGCCCAGACCGCACCAAGGAGACUAGAGAAGAGAGUGAAGCUCUCCUUUGCCCUGCCGGCGAAGGGGAGCCAGAACAAAAGCUCAUUCAGGGGCUUGUUCAGACGCUCCCAGAGCAGCGAGGCAUCAACGCCUGUGAUAGACUACCUUUCCACUGUCUCACGACCGCCACCUCAGCUGGCAGCGCUCAUGAGUGACCUGAAAUAUCUCGACCUGCGUUUCGAUUCGGUCGAAGAUUUCGAUCACUUCACAAAAUCCUUCCAAGAAAUCCGCGCUGCUGACGAAGCUCGCUCGGCCUUUCCUUUGGCCGAUAUGUCUGCCGAGUUGGAACACGCUUCCGUGCCUGAUUUGGACUAA